AUGUCCACCCAACCAGACGAUGCAGCUCUCAGCCACUUCCAAGCCAUGACCGCCAAGCCACGCCACGCCUUCACCCCAGGAGUCCUACUUCAUAACCAAGUCCGCGAGUCUAAGCUCACAGACUCAGAGCUCCGCAUCGCCGCCACCACCUGCGUCAAUUUACUCGGCCACAAGAUCUACCAGUAUGCGGAGGCUGCAACUGCAGAGAUUGACGAGCUCAAAGAGCUGGCGCGGCGGGAUCAACUCGACCUUUCAGCACUCGACAAUAUGAGCAGCGAUGAGCUGAGACAAGCAAUAAGCGUCAUGGUUGAGCGUCGUUGGGCCUUUGAAGAGAGAAAACUUGCUGUAAAGGGGCUGCCGCCGGUUCCCGAGAACUUGUGGAAGGAAGAUGAGAUUCCAGCAAAGAUACAUGAGCUGAUUGAAGCGGGCUAUCGCGCGUACGCGAGCCGUCGUCUGGUAAUCCAGGGUCCGUAG